AUGUCAUCCGCCGACGAGGUCUCGCUCCUGCCGCUCGGCGCCAUUAUCCAGAGCUUCAAGGUCGCCGGCACCAACAUUGUCCAGGGCUUCCCCACGCAGGAGGACUACGUCGCUCAUAACGCGCCAUAUUUCGGGGAGACCAUCGGCCGCGUCGCCAACCGCAUUUCCGGCGCCAAGAUCAACUCGCUCAACGGCGGCAAGUCGUACAACCUACUCGCCAACAACGGGCCCAACUCUCUACACGGCGGCAAGGUCGGCUGGGGCAAGCGUGUCUGGGACGGACCCAAGCCCGUGGGCCUCCGCUCGGUCCCCGGCCUGCCCGACUUCACGAGCGGUGGCGAAAGCGUCCAGUUCCAGCUGCGCAGCGAGGACGGCGACGAGGGCUAUCCAGGAGAGGUGCUUGCCACGGUCACCUACACCACGGGUAAGGUUCAGCAGGAUGGCAAGGAGGCGACGGUUCUUGCCAUGGAGUACGAGGUUGAGCUCGUCUCGGGCGCCGAGGAGACUGUCGUCAACAUGACGAACCACUCAUACUUCAACUUGACUGGCGGCCCCUCUAUCGAGGGAACAGUCGUCCAGCUCUGCACAGCGCAGCACCUGCCCGUCGAUGACAAUGCCAUCCCGACCGGCGGGCCGGAGCCCUUCCCCGGCGUCGCCACCGACAAGCCCUUCACCUUGGGCCCCGAGGAACCCGACAUUGACCACUGCUUUGUCGUCGACAGUGCCGAAGAUCCGGCAUCCGUGCCCAUUGACACCCGUGGCCGCCCGCUGAAGAGCCUAGUCCACGCGUCACACCCAGCGUCGGCCAUCCACCUCGAGGUCCUCUCCACGGAGCCCGCGUUUCAGUUCUACACGGGCAAGUUUGUCAACGUGCCCGAGGUUGCCGGCCUGCCAGCCCGCAAGGCCCGCAGCGCGUUCUGCGUAGAGCCCAGCCGUUUCGUUAAUGCGGUUAACGUGGAUGAGUGGAAGAACCAGGUGCUGCUCAAGAAGGGUGAAAAGUAUGGUGCUCGGAUCGUGUACAAGGGCUGGAAGGAGUAA